AUGCGGACAGAGCCAAAUACGAUACUUACUGAAGUCAUCGAAGCAACGCCGAUAAAUGGUGUGAAGCGUUCUCCCCUACCCUGGCUGCAGUCCCCAUUGUCAAAUAGGGCGCCGGGGAUCUCAGCGACAACCGUUCGCGAAGGCGAUGAGAGCCUCAAACAUGCAAUCGAUCGCAGACUAUCCACUUCGAAUACGACUCCUUCUUACGAAAGACGCCACGAAUCCAGCACCAUCGAACUUUUCUACGAUCUGUUCUUUGUCGCUAGUUUGGCAACAUUCACCACGAGUCAUCCCAACCAGAAUGCAGAGAGCAUCAGGGACAACGUUUUAUUCUUCCUGAUCGUCUGGAAUACAUGGCUCCAGACCACGAUCUACGAUGUCCGCUUCGCGACUGAUAGCGUCUUCCAUCGAGUGUGCAAAGGGCUAUCAUUCGGCGUUUUUGUCGGAUUCGUGGUCGCUAGUACUCUAUUCAACACUAGCCAUACAGGAGAAGACCACAGAAGCUUCCGUAUCCUGUGCAUUGUCCUCAUGGUUUCGCGGCUGGCACUCGCAAUACAGUACACUAGUGUACUAGUAUACUCCUGGCGGUAUUCGCAAGCACGGGCGCCACUCAUUAUCACCAUCGCUGGCCUUCUUGCCACUGCUGCCACAUAUGGCGGCAGUCUCGCGGGUUUUCGAGAUGUGACAGAAGAUAGUGUCCACGACCGUGCAGAGCACCCAAUAACAUAUAUCGUCUUCUACGCUGGCGCACUCGUCGAAACGAUUAUGGGUCUGUUGACCUUGAUCAUACUCGGCGAGGGCAUCAUCGACUUCUGUCAAUCCUUCUCCCGCAUAAUCAGCAAGAACAGUCUUCUGAGCUCGGAAACGAUCGGUCUGGUGGCUUGUGCUAUUCUCCUGAUUUACCUCAUCUGGAUCUUGUACUUUGAUCAAAUUGAAGUUCACGUUCUCGGAAGAAUCCGCCAGCAGAUCUGGACUUUCCUCCACUUCCCACUGCAUCUUGCGAUUCUGCUCACCGUGCAAGGAUCAGCGGACUUCCUGCUCUGGACUACCGUGAGACCUAUCAUUGUCAGAUGGGAGGCUUUGAUGUCAAAAUUUGACUCGAAUGACGACGAUCCGUUUCUAAGCUUCAAUGCGUUUGCAUCAGCUGGAGCAGUUGAACAGUACGUUGCACAGUCCCUCGAUGUCAUCUCCUCAUUCUUUCGCGGUAAUCAGUUUCGCGAAGGCUACGACUCGACAUCAACCCUGGCACAGAUUUUAGACCUUGACGCCCCAUACAAUACUGAUCCUUGGAAAGCCAAUGCGACGGAGCUUAUCCUCGCAAUGUUUACAGACGUGCAACAGUUCAUAUUCACCGAGUAUGCACUGGGCGAGCUGGACACCACCACGACUUCUGACACGUCGGAACCGCCCUCUAUUGAGGAUCAAGUCGCGAACAUGCUUGAGUUCGACGACUGGAUACAAAACAUAUUCACAACAACAAUGAUCUAUUUUCCCGUGGCGGCUGGGUCAUUUUUGAUGUGCUCAGCUGUACUAUUGAUGACGGCAUCGAGGAACAAGUACUGGAGCAACUGGAUCAGUAUAGCGUCCAGAGUAUCUGGCGGUACCGCACUCUGUCUAAUCCCGUUGGCCUCGACCGAUGCGUUGGGGCGCAAGUCAGCAGGCUUCGUUGCAAGCCUCUGGCCGGUCACCACCGUGAUGCUAGUCUUUCUGGCCGUGAUCAUCCUGGACGUCGCUCUGGCAUGGGUCAGACAUCUUGUUAAACAGAAGCGUCGGAAUGAGAGGACGACCGAAACUGCGUAG